GUCACUUAUGAAACACGGGUCCUUGUUGCUGCAGACAAGGAGUUGUUUUGCUAGAAGGAGGGAGUGUCCAGGCUGCCUGGGCUCCCUUCCUGCAGCCUCCUCUCAGCGAGGCCCCAGGCACCCUGUCCGGGGAAGGACGGGCACGGGUGAGCAACUUGAAAGUGGGGCAGGAACCAGGCUGCUCCUUCCUCCAGCCUCCUCAUCCUCCCGCGGGCAACCUUGGCCCUGCAGCCGGCCCUGGGCUGACUCUGUCCUUUGUUGCUCUUUGGUCCCAUCUUAGGAGAGGAUCCACUUGGCUAGGAAAGAGUAGUUUGAAGGAGGUAGGAUGCAGGAGCUGCGUCUGCUGUGCUGGGUGGUCCUCCUGGGCCUGGCGCACGCCUGUCCCGAGCCCUGCGACUGUGGGGAGAAGUAUGGCUUCCAGAUCGCCGACUGCGCCUACCGGGACCUGGAGGCCGUGCCCCCCGGCUUCCCAGCCAACGUGACCACACUCAGCCUGUCAGCCAACCGGCUGCCGAGCUUGCCGGAGGGGGCCUUCAGGGAGGUGCCCCUGCUGCAGUCACUGUGGCUGGCGCACAACGAGAUCCGCGCGGUGGCCGCCGGCGCCCUGGCCAUGCUGGGCCAUCUCAAGAGCCUGGACCUCAGCCACAACCUCAUCUCUGACUUUGCCUGGAGCGACCUGCACAACCUCAGUGCCCUCCAGUUGCUCAAGAUGGACAGCAACGAGCUCACCUUCAUCCCCCGGGACGCCUUCCGCAGCCUCCGUGCCCUGCGCUCACUGCAGCUCAACCACAACCGCCUGCGCACGCUGGCCGAGGGCACCUUCGCGCCACUCACUGCGCUGUCCCACCUGCAGAUCAACGAUAACCCCUUUGACUGCACCUGCGGUAUUGUGUGGUUCAAGACGUGGGCUCUGACCACAGCCGUGUCCAUCCCGGAGCAGGACAACAUCACCUGCACAUCGCCCCACGUGCUCAAGGGCACGCCGCUGAGCCACCUGCUGCCGCUGCCCUGCUCGGCACCCUCCGUGCAGCUCACCUACCAGCCCAGCCAGGACGGCGCCGAGCUGCGGCCUGGCUUCGUGCUGGCCCUCCACUGCGACGUGGAUGGGCAGCCGGCGCCCCAGCUUCACUGGCACAUCCAGACGCCCGGCGGCACCGUGGAGAUCGCCAGCCCCAACGUGGGUGCCGACGGGCGGGCCCUGCCCGGCGCCCCAGCGGCCCGCAGCCGGCCGCGCUUCCGGGCCUUUGCCAACGGCAGCCUGCUCGUCCCGGACUUCGGCAAGCUGGAGGAGGGCACCUACAGCUGCCUGGCCGCCAACGAGCUGGGCAGUGCGGAGAGCUCGGUGAACGUGGCGCUGGCCACGCCGGGCGAGGGCGGCGAGGACGCGCUGGGGCGCAGGUUCCACGGCAAAGCGGCCGAGGGGAAGGGCUGCUACACGGUGGACAACGAGGUGCAGCCCUCGGGGCCGGAGGACAACGUGGUCAUCAUCUACCUCAGCCGUGCUGGAGGGCCCGAGGCUGCGGUAGCAGGAGAAGGCGUCCCUGGGCGGCAGCCCCCCGGCCUGCUCCUGCUGGGCCAGAGCCUUCUCCUCGUCUUCCUCACUUCCUUCUAGCCACCCUGGGCUGGGCUGGAGCCACGCCAGGGCCGCCCUGGCUCCCCCCGCACCCCGACACCGCAGAUGUCCCUUGUAAGUGGCGCAGGGGCUGAGGGUGGCAACUCCCAAGGCCUGCAUGGGGGACUUCAUGUCUUCCUACCUCCUUUCUCAUCUCUUCUGGAACACUCACCACCCCAACUUCUGAACUUGCUCGAAGCUAGUGACUAGAACAGAAUCUGAUCCAUACUCACCGUCUACGGUGCUAAGUGCUGCUAACCACACUGUCCCUGCCCCCUAUCAGGGCGAGACCCCAGCCAGCUGGGUGAAGCCUCACCGACGGCAUUCCAGGCACUGGGACCGACAAGCUGGCCAAGGCUGGGGGCACAGGGCCGGGGCUGGGGUCUCGGCAGGGAGGUCCCCUGAAGCAGACAGGGCACGGGAGAGAGGAAUAGGGUCUAGGCGCCGUGGCUGGUGUGGCUCUGGGCUCUUGGUGACCGGCUUGAGCUCUUGCUGCCUCUUGGCAUUCUCUGAUGAUUUGGGGGCUCAGGAAUCUGUGCCCUCACCUCAGACAGGACUGGAGAAUCCAGGAUGGGCUUCAGCUUUUCCCACCCUGUGCCCCUCCACCCUGGACACUUGUCCUGCCUUUCUCUCCAAGUAUGCACCUGUAGCCUGCCCCUCCGAAGAGGCCAGCCGUCCUGGGGGGCGGCCAAGAAAUAAACAGCAUUUCUGAUGUUC